UAGAUGCACAUUCGGUUUUGAUACGAAGUUACUACAAUUUUUAUUUUUUAUACAAAGAGGUGUAUUCAUAAAUUGCAGUUAAAAAUUUGCCAUAAUUCUAUUAAAAAUAGAGUGUGUUUAUGAAAUUUAGCUAGUUCUCUAACUCAUUCAAAAUGGACGUCGACGACGAAGAAGUCACAUACGAUAUAGAAGAGGUUGCUUAUCUGAAUGAAGACAAGCACAAUAAUGAGAGUUCUGUUAUUAAUGAGAAAUUAAGUAAUGCUGGAUCUUCGAAUAAUUAUGGUGAUCGGGCGGAUGAAGGAAAUCUUAUUAAAAGGUUGAUGAAUGGUGAACUUUCAUUUUCCGAAUAUAACAAAGAAAUGGAUGAAUCAAACAUAUCAGAUGAUGAUAAUAUGAUUGAUGAAGACGUUAUCGAAGAAGAAAUAAUGAUGCGAAAAGACAAAUCAAAAAGCAGGGCCUCAAAAUACUUCGAAGCAGAACUUCACAAAACGCGGAAGGAUGCUAUGCGUGGAAUCCUUAAAGGCCGAGUGAGAAUGAGAGAUGGCCGACAACGCAGACGAUGUGUAUUACCAGCGGCAUUGCAAGGUCUCAUGGGUGAAGCAAAUUUACGUUUCGCACGUGGACAAAAUGAUCUAGCUGAAAAAGUUUGCUUGGAAAUCAUCCGACAAGUUCCAUUAGCACCAGAACCAUUUUUAACUUUGGCGCAGAUUCAUGAUUCAAAUCCUGAAAAAUACCUUCAAUUUUCAUUGAUUGCUGCACAUCUCAAUCCUGCUGACUCCGAACAAUGGAUUCGUAUAGCACAAUUUUGCAUAGAACAAAAUGAUAUCAAGCGUGCAAUCAAUUGUUACACCAAAGCAAUCAAAUUCAAUCCAAAAGAUAUUGAAUUACGACUAAAACGAAUUGAAUUAUUGGAAUCUAUUGAGGACGAAAAAAUGGCAUUUCGAUGCUGGUACUCCUUGGUUUUUAUUAUACCUAGUGAACAAGGAGUGUUUCUAUUGCAAACAGCAAAAAUGGUCACUGAACGAUUAAUAAAAUCAAAGCAAUAUGCCAAGGCGUUAGAAGUUAUGUCGUACGCAUAUCGGAAAGUACCAGAAUUAUUCCAAAAUGAAGACUUGAACCAGCUUUUAGAACUAUUGAUCACUAACAAUGAAUUCAAACAAGUUAUAGACAUUUUAUGUUUACACACUGACUUGCAAAUAACAUACUAUAAAAAUCACGGUGACACGAUGGUACAUAAUGUGAAAAUCCCAAAAUUAAUGAUUUUGGAUUUCCGUAGUAAGCUUAUUGUAAGCUUGAUACAUUUGAAAGCAUUUCAUUUAAUGGAAUGUUUAAUUGAAAAUAUUUUUACGCAUAUUAAUGUUACUGAUGCUGGUGAUUGCUAUCUAGACGUUGCUGAAGCUUUGAUGAAAAUGGAUCGAUACAGCGAAGCAAUUCGAUUGUUGGAACCGUUACUUAAAAGUCAAAAUUACAGUUUGGCAGCUGUUUGGUUAAGACAUGCUGAUUGUUAUCGAGCCAUUGGUGAUUGUGACAAAGCAAUUGCUUCCUACUCCCAAGUAGUAGCUAUGGCACCUCAACAUUUUGAUGCACGACUUACGCUAGCAGCUUUGUUAAAGCAACAAGGGCGUGAUGGUGAGGCCCUUAGAGCUCUCGAACAAAACUUGGAAAGUGAAUUAAUUGAUCCAUGUGUGUUAUAUGAACGUUGUUUCAUGCUUAAAGAAAUUUGUGAUUUCGAACAGUAUAUAAAUGUCGCAAUGUUACUGAUAUCAAGGCACUGUAUUCGAAUUAGAAAUUCUUAUGAAAUGUUUGUGGUAACACACACAAGUAAAUGGAGUAAUAAAUUACAAUUGAUUCGGGAAAAUCGAAAAGCUAGAAAAGAGCCAAUUGAAGAUGAAGAAGGCCCAGAAUUCGUACAUGUAUCUGAAAAUCAGCCAUCAAUUGAAGAAGAGUUUAAUUUGCUAAAAUCAGUACUCGAAAUUCUGUUAAAUACGAACAAAGUUACACUUAUGCAGCGAUUCACAUUCACUGCCCUCUCAUCCAAACGAUUUGGGCUACACUAUACACCUGAAAUGUACUUUUAUGCUCUACUAUCAACUAUUUUCAAUCGUGACUCAAAUUUUGGUUUUGUUCUAAUCAAAGAUUUAAUUGUAAAACAUUUGAGAAACCAUCGGAUGUGGAACUUAUUUAACGUUAUUAUCCAGUUCACUGAUAGCAACUGUCGCUAUAGUCGAUUCUUAAAUAGAUUGAUUGAACGAUCUGAAAGCGCAAUUGAAGAAUGGCCAAAAAUUCUACGUGCAAACUAUUGGAUUGUAUCAGGGACAUACAAAUAUGCAUUGAAUGACUACAUGCGUACUUUCAAAACAAAUACAUCACCGUUGGUAGCAUUGCUUAUUGGCAUUACUUAUAUGAGCAUUGCGCAGCAGAAAUAUACAACCAAAAAACAUAUGCUUAUUUCACAGUCAAUUUCGUUUCUUAACGAAUAUGCAAAAAUUCGUGAACCAGCGGCGUAUAAUGAAAUACAAUAUAAUUUAGGACGAUUACAUCAUCAAUUCGGUAUGUUGAAUAUAUAUAUAUAUUAGGGUGGGUCAAUUUGUAGGGGAGCGAAAUAACCUACAAAGGCUUUUUGAGAUUAUGGUUCUACGGACCAUAAGAAGCAUUUUUGCCCAAGGAACCAUACCUCUAUCGUGAAUUUCGAGCAAGGCAAAUUUUCUAUCAAGAUAUUUUCCAAAAUACUCAAAAAUCGACUUAGACAAAGAUCUCUAAUACAGUAGCUUUUUUAUAUGAAAUCUGUCACACUAACGCCCUCACUCUAUCUUUUGGCGAACUAAACAGAAUAAAGUUUAAUAUAAAAGUAAAGUCUCCAUCAGGAUAUUUUAUACAGCCGGUGUCAAGAUCAAUAAAACUGUUAAUAGAAUCUGCCAUUUUUACGCAAUUUUGCGAUGUGAUUGCGAGAUUAAGAAUAUAAAUAAAAUAAAUGAACGGAAUAAACGAACUUAACAGAACAGAAUAAUUCGCACGAGUGUAUGACAAGUAUGUAAGAGAACAAUAACAUUACGUUUUGUAUCUAUCUGUCAAAUGUCACACUCACACUUAUGAGUUUACGUAUGGAGAUUUUAACAAAAUCAUUUCUACAAGAUCUACACACUCUACACCCGAGGCUUUUUAAGUUAAAUUAAAACGCAUAU